CGCGCCAUCACCAUUCAGUGCUUUACACAGUAUGGCCGGCGAUAUUAGCUAGCACUCGCUAACGGUAUUCUCUGUAAAAGGGAAGACGGUAACUCAAGAAAAUCAACACCUGGAUUGCUUAAAGGACUGUACCUCAAUAAAUUAUACCUGAUCGAGGAAGGAUUCAUUAAGCUGUAAACGUUACAACCGACGUUUAAUAUUUUUUGUUGGGUGUCUGUUGUCUCAUGAUGGAAGAUAACGGUGCACAUUUCUUCGAGGGGACCGAGAAGCUGUUGGAGGUGUGGUUCUCUCGACAGGAUGAGACUAAAGGAACCGGGGACCUCCGUACCAUCCCAAGGUUUGAGUGGGACAAACUUUUGGAGAAUGUGCAUUGUUUGAUCAUAAGUGUGACAAAGACUGACAAGCAGGAAGCUUAUAUACUCAGUGAGAGUAGCAUGUUUGUCUCCAAGAGACGUUUCAUUUUGAAGACGUGCGGAACCACCCUCUUGCUGCAAGCACUGGUGCCUCUGCUGGAACUCGCCAGGGAGUACUGCGGCUUUGAUGCCAUCGAGAAUUUCUUCUACUCCCGCAAGAACUUUAUGAAGCCAACACAUCAAGAGUUCCCUCAUCGAAACUUCCAGGAGGAAGUUGACUUCCUCAGCCAGAUUUUCCCAAAUGGUGCAGCCUACUGUAUGGGGCGUUUGAACUCUGACUGCUGGUAUCUGUUUACCCUGGACUUACCGGAGUACUGGGAAAACAAGCAUGCAGAUCAGACACUGGAAGUUCUGAUGAGCGACCUUGAUCCAGCCAUUAUGGACCAGUUCUAUAUGAAAGAUGGUGUUUCUGCAAGUGAUGUCACUCGUAUGAGUGGAAUUCGUGACCUGAUACCAGGUUCUGUGAUCGAUGCCACAAUGUUCAACCCUUGUGGAUACUCAAUGAAUGGAAUGAAGACUGACGGAACUUACUGGACCAUCCACAUCACCCCUGAGCCGGAGUUCUCCUAUGUCAGCUUCGAAACCAACCUCUCCCAGACUUCGUAUGAUGAUUUGGUUAGGAAGGUGGUGGAGGUGUUCAAGCCAGGAAAAUUUGUGACUACCCUUUUUGUCAACCAGAGCUCCAAAUGUCGCAGUGUCUUUUCCUCUGCCCAGAAACUUGAGGGCUACAAACGUCUCGACCGCCAGCUGGCUCAAUUCAACGAUUACAAUUUUGUCUUCACAAGUUACGCUAAGAACCGCCAGCAGAACCAGCAGAGCUGAGGGUUGAGGAUGAAGAAGAGGCGUAAAAAGAAAGGCGGCCACCUGGGGCUACCCCCCCAUAGCCAGCCAUACCCCCCAGUAGAGAGCUUGUUGUCCUUCCCCUCAUCCCUCCUCCUCACCUUCUGCUUCCGUCAUCAUUCAGAAUCUCCUGGUGGUGACACAGUUGCAAGCCCCAGUUUAACCUCCAGUUUGAGUUGUUUGCAUUGUUGUACCUGUGACUUAGAUCUCUUGCAUGAAAGCUCUUUUCUCUGUUUUGAUAUUCUAGCUCACUCUUGCUGUGAUCUUGAAGUGCAUGUAGAGGAAUUAAACACGCUCUGUUUGAGGCUGUCCACCUGUGCCCAGUACAAUGGUCCUUUCCUGCAGGUCUCCCCCCUCAUCCCCCACAGACAAGGUUUCCGCCCGCACUAGGCCAGGGCCCUGACAUGCUCAGAUCAGUCUGCCUCUUUAUGAGCUCUAAUCAGUUUAUCUGUAAAAAUUUCAAAUUCAUCCCAACUGGUUUGCCUUCAUAUGUGACAAUUGGUAUUAAUUAAUCACUAUCAAUUAGUGAGUGCACUUUAAAAACCUUCUUACUCAAAAAUAAUACCAACCUUUUGUCUCAAGUCUUAUUGAAAGUAUGUCACGGUACGCUCGGCCAUUCUUAUCAUUGUCAAAUCUCUAAAACCUAUUUGAGUUACUUUGAAAAUGAAUGCCAUAUUUGCUGUUUGAUGUCACACUGUUGGAUAAAGGGUUUGCGGUUGACUCGUCGGUGUGCUCUUUGGUUGAUGUUAACUGCUCUAGAACAAAAGAUUUCUGCUUUGCUGGGCAUUGAAGCAAUGCUCAAAUUAGUUCCCAACACCUGCGUUCAUUCAUUCAUUCAUUUUGCUCCUCCGCCUGGACAAUCAUAUAGUCCUUGUGUUUACCCAGACAGACAAACUUUUAAAGUUGUAUGCCUGGAAAUUGUGUGUGUAUAUGAAUUAAUGUAUCAUUUGAGACAUUCAGUAUGUACACUUUGCACCUGGGCUUCUGUUUUACAGUGUACUGUAUCUGUAAGAAGCUUCUGGGUCUUCAACCCCUCCCCAGUCAUAUUCCGUACUCUGAUUUUCCAAUGUAAAAAUAUUCCAACUGAAUGUUGCACAGUUGAUGUGAAGUGCCCUGUCCACCACUCUUUCGAAUGUACAUGUCUUUAGAGAAAAGCCUGGACCAGGUUUGAGCUGAAUGUAUGACUCCAGGAGAGCACACCCGCACCCUCCUGCCCCCCAACCCACACUGACCCAGCCCCCCCCCCCCACGUGCCCAUAGCACUCACAAUGCCCUCUGCUCACCAGCCAUUGUCCAGCUCGCAGCAGGUCUACCCCUGCCAGAGCCAGACUGUCAGCUGGCCCCAGAACCGUGACAUAACGGGAGUAGGUCCUCUCGGCUAUGCCCACACCCCAUGUGAAUGGGAAAUAAUGAAUCGGACACUUUUUGCUCAGUUGCCCAGCAAAGCAUUUUUCUUUUUCCCACAUAAUAUCCAUCCUCUCUCUGUCUCUUUCCGCCCCAUACAGAAAUCUGAACACGCACAAUAGAGGCCCACUACUCUGAGCAUGCCAGGGUGAUCCCGGAUCAUUCCACAUGUAACUGCUGCAUAAACUGCCAUUUUAUUAAAAUUAUUGUGUCCAGACAUCUUUUGCAGUGAAUUGGUCAGAAAUGUGACUCCCCUAGCAGUUUUUUUUUUCUUUUUGUUUGGAUCAGUGCCCUUUGUUGAUCGAGGGGGGAGAAUCCUGUGACACUAUGGUGCAUGUGACUGCUAGUGCCGUGUUGCUUGACAGUGUAGCGUUAGCGCCUUCUCUUCCUCCUUUUUUGUCAAUAGGUCUGUGUGCUUCACCUUCCUCUUGUUUUACCAGCUGAAAAUGUAGUUGGAACUGCCGCAUCCUGAUGUGUUUUGGAUAGGUGGGGUAUCUUUUUUUCUUUUUUUUUUUUUUUUCUCCUGAUGGGGAUGGGUUAACUUGUAAUUAAUCUUAUUUCAAGUUGUGUGCAAGUGCUGAAAGCAGGUUAGGUUUCUUAUUAAUUACUUAAUGUCAGAUGUCCAAGGUUUGUCUUCUCUGCCUGCCAUUCCACUGAGUGGUGUUCAUGAUGCUUCUCCUGCCAGAGAAUGCAGUUUGAAUUUUGAACUGUGGAAAGACAUGGUGGUAGUCAUAACCUGCUUUCAGCACUGCAGUGCAGUACAUUCUGUUCCUAUGACAUUGCAUCAACACCCACAACUGCACUGAUCACCUAAGGCACUUGACAUACCAGUUGGAAGGCUUCACGUAAGAGAUGGCAUUCAGAAAAGUUUCUAUCUCGUUUGUCUUUUGUGACUUUUUGGAGUGGUUUCAUCCUCUCCUGAGGACCAAUCUCUGCUCUUAUAUGAACUACUCAACUUACUGUCAGAUGACUCAGGUGAUGUGACACAGCUGUAGUCUUCUGAAAAAUUUAAACUAGCACUGUUCAAAAAUACUGUAGCAGUUUAAUGCUAACUGUUCUUGGAUUAAGUACAUUUUAGCCUUGUUGGUGUGGAUCAUUGCAACUUUGUUUUAUUUUUAUACUGUGAACUCAAAAUGCAUUUUUGCAGUUGUACGGUAAUAGAAUUUUAUACAAAAAAAUAUUUUGUAUUUUUGCUGCGGACCAAUCUCGUUUUAUUUUUUUCUUCUUCCCCUUUUUUGUCCCGAUGUUUUUGUUGUAGAACCAGUGUUCAAAACCAGUUUAAGGCGUGACCUUUUCAAUCAUGAAGGGGGGUUUUUUGGGGGGGGGUUAGUUCUUUGACUUUCCUUUUGUAACUCAUGAAAAAUUGCAGAGGAAGGGAAAGUAAAAGCCCCCCUCCGGGUGAGAGCGGGUGCAGUUGCAGGAUGUACUGAAGGAGAAACUUUGCUGUUCUAAUUCUUUCUUUUGCUGUUCUCUGGAUGGUCAAGAUGUGCUAAAUAUAUCUGUGCUACGAGCUUGGUGCUUAAAUAAAAAAGAUACUUAUCUGUGCAAA